UCACAGGAGAUGGAGAUUGAGAUGGACAUGGAGGACUGGGAGAAGCAAUCAAUCUACCAACUAACUACCAGCAUCACAGAGCUAAACGAGAAAGCCUACAUCCCUCAAGCAGUCUCUUUCGGUCCUUACCAUCACGGAAAAGCUCAUCUGCUGCCAAUGGAGAAGCACAAGGAACGAGCGAUGCGCCAUUUUCUAAAGAGAUCAAAUAAACCUCGGCAAGUGUUGAUUGAUUCCUUGGCAGAAGUGGUGAAGGAUUUAAAAUCCUCAUAUGCUGUGCUUCCAACAGAGUGGCAAGAAGACGACGACAAAUUCAUACAGCUGAUGAUCCUUGAUGGCUGUUUCAUGCUCGAAAUCUUGCAUAGCUAUGAAAAGACACCGAAAGACUAUGCUUCCAGCGACCCAAUCUUCAGCAGCCAUGGGAAGCUUUAUAUGAUCCCGUAUAUGAGGCGUGAUAUGUUGAUGCUCGAAAAUCAGUUGCCAAUGCUGGUUCUUGAAAGGCUCUUAGCUUGCGAGGCUGGACCAAACGAUGAGGAUAAUAAGCGUCUCAACGAGCUCAUACUGAAGUUAUUCUCUCCCAAUGAUAAGGUGACGCCAGCCCUGGGUAAAUGCCUUCAUGUUCUGGAGCUAUACAGGAAGAAUCUACUAGACGGAAAUACAGAUUCGAGGGUUGUUAAAGGAAGCUCUGGCGGUGUAAUUAUCCCAUCUGCAACAGAGCUUGAUGAAGCUGGAAUCCGGUUCAGGAAAAGUAAGACUACAAGCCUUGAGGACAUUUCGUUCAAAUGCGGAAUCCUCAAAUUCCCUCCUAUAACCGUGGAUGAUGGCACUGAAUCGAUGUUCUUGAAUCUGAUGGCCUUUGAGCGGUACCACAAUGGGGCAGGCAACCAGGUCACAUCCUAUAUCUUCUUCAUGGAUAAUAUCAUCGACACCGAAAAAGAUGUGGCGCUCCUAGAAUCAAGAGAUAUCAUAGAUAAUGCCUUGGGAAGUGACAAAGCUGUUGUUGAACUGUUCAGCACACUCUCUAAAGACAUAUCAGUGGACUCAGAUAACAAGCUACAUGUGGUACAAAACAACGUCAAAGAAUACUACAAGAAGUUCUGGAAUCGGUGGAGAGCCACUCUCUUUCACACCUAUUGCAGAAAUCCUUGGGUUCUUAUAUCCCUUGUAGCUGCCAUCUUCCUUUUUGCCGUCACCAUAGUCCAGACGGUCUAUACUGUCUAUCCUUAUUACAAAAACAACUCUCCCGGCCCUCCCCCAGCUGUUCCUCCUCCUCCACCUCUACCUCCACCUCCUAUGCUUAAUCCUCCACCACCGGUUUCCAGAAGAGGCGGUUUCCAUCGUCACAUAUAAAUCUGUUGCAUUUUAUUGGUUUGUUAGAUGCAUUGCUGGUCAAGGUUAUUGUUGAACAUUGACCAAGCUUAAUUUACUGUGUUAUAUAUUGUG